AUGUGUAAUGAUGGUAUUAGUGGGACUGGUAAAAGAAGAAUUAGAAGUGGAUAUGAAUUUAUGAAACAAAAUAAAGAGAAUGUAACCGAUCAAUCACCACCUCCUUUAUUAUCAUUUGAUAGGAAGCCAGAGAUCAAAGCAGCAUCCCCUAAAAGCUAUACGGGAGAUAAAGAGCGGUUAAUUUCAACGAAUAAUAGUCAUGGUAAAUUACCAUUCAAAAGUCAAACAUCAUAUAAUUCAAAUACAGCAAUGAAAAAAAGUAGAUUUAAUAAUGAGCCAGUAGAAGUUCAGAAAUAUAAAAGAUUGAAAAAGGAUUUGGGUUAUUUAGAAAGAAAGAUUUCCCAAAAAGGUUGGAAUAAAAUAAAUGAAAGAGAUAGAAAAGAGUAUAAUUUGAAAAAGGAAUUAAUAAAACUAAUGGAAUCAAAAAAGGAUCUAAUGGAGCAAGUGAAUAGUCUCAUUUUCUCUGGAGUAUCUCCGCAAAAUAAUAAAAUUGAAAAGCAAACUAUAUUGAAACUUACAUCUGAGGAAGAUAAAAAAUCAAGACAGCAAUUAUGGGAAGAGCGUGUACUAAAAUCAGCUGUGUCAAAUCAAGAUGUUGACGAAAUUCGUAUUCCUAAUUCUAAAGAAUAUGAGUAUGUGUUUGAUAAUAAGGCUUUAGUGGCCUUUACAGAGGACAAUGAGAACGUUAUAUCAGGAGAAGAUGAUGAAGAAGUAAAUAUAAGUCAAGAAAUUCUCCGUGAAGAACAAGUUCAGCAAGAAUAUAGAAAUAGUGGUUUGAAAGAUGGAGAAAUUGAGAAAUUGAAAGAUUUAAAAACUAUCGAACAAGCCAGAAGGAACUUACCAGUAUAUCGAUACAGAUCUAAACUAAUGAAUUCUAUAAAAGAAAAUCAAGUGUUAAUUAUUGUAGGUGAAACUGGUUCAGGUAAGACUACUCAACUACCGCAAUAUUUAGUUGAGGAUGGAUAUACUCAAAACGGGAAAUAUCAAAUAGUAGUUACGCAACCAAGAAGAGUUGCUGCAACAUCUGUAGCGGCUCAUGUUGCUGAAGAAAUGAACGUUAAGUUAGGACAAGAAGUUGGUUAUUCCAUACGUUUUGAUGAUAGAACAACCGCAGGUAAGACCAUUCUAAAGUAUGCUACAGAUGGGAUGCUAUUACGUGAAUGUUUAACAGAUUCUCAGUUCUCCAAAUAUUCUUGUAUUAUGAUUGAUGAAGCACACGAACGUACACUAGCAACAGAUAUUUUAUUGGGUUUGUUAAAAGGCAUUAUUGAUAAGAGAAGUGAUUUAAAGAUUCUCAUUUCAUCUGCUACGAUGAAUGCAGAAAAAUUUUCAAACUUUUUUGAUAAUUGUCCUAUUUUGAAAAUUCCUGGAAGAAGAUAUCCAGUGGAUAUCCAUUAUACCUUGCAACCAGAGGGUAAUUACCUUAAUGCCUCGAUAACAACUGUUUUCCAGAUACACACUACCCAACCUUUGAAAGGAGACAUUCUAUUAUUUUUAACUGGACAAGAAGAGAUUGAAAAUACAAGAGACAAGAUCGAAGAGAUCUGCAGUAAAUUAGGUUCCAGAAUACCGCAAUUGUUAAUUACACCGAUAUAUGCAAAUCUACCGCAGGACCAACAGACAUUAAUUUUCCAACCAACUCCAGAGAAUUGUAGAAAACUAGUACUAGCUACAAAUAUUGCCGAAACUUCGUUGACUAUUGAUGGGAUUAAAUAUGUUAUAGAUCCAGGGUUUGUUAAGGUAAAUUCGUAUGUUGCUUCUACAGGUAUGACACAAUUAUUAACUGUUCCGUGUUCGAAGGCAUCAGUAGAUCAAAGAGCUGGUAGAGCUGGCCGUGUUGGUCCUGGAAAAUGUUUCAGGAUAUUUACGAAGUGGUCUUAUGAAAAUGAAUUGGAACUUCUUCCAAAACCAGAAAUAUUAAGGACUAAUUUGUCUAAUACGGUAUUGUUGUUAUUAUCUCUAGGAGUCAAAGACCUUUUAAAUUUUGCCUUUCUGGAUAAACCUACCGUGCCAACUUUAAUUAAGUCACUAGAAAAUCUGUAUAUGUUAGGUGCAUUAAACAGUAAAGGGCAAAUAACAGAAUUAGGUAGAAUGAUGUGUGAAUUUCCAUGUGAACCAGAAUUUACAAAAGUUCUUCAUACUUCUGCAAUACAUCCAUUAUGUCAAGGGGUGUUAAAUGAGUGUUUAACAAUAGUUGCUAUGCUACAUGAAACUACAUCUCUGUUUGUUGGGAAUAAAAGAGAAGCAACAUCAAGAAUUGUGAGUAGCAUUGAGAGUGAUCAUUUACUGUAUUUAGAGGUAUACAAUCAAUGGCAAGAAUCUAAUUUUUCUAGAGCAUGGUGUCAGGAUCAUAAAGUUCAAUUUAAGACAAUGUGUCGUGUUAGAAAUGUAAGAAAUCAAUUAUAUCAAUGUUGCCAAAGAUUUAAAUUAAUGGAAUUGUCGAAUACUAAUGAAUUACAAAAUGAUAAUCGAAUAGAAAGAAUAACCAGAAGUUUCAUAGCAGGGUUCCCAAGUAGUGUUAUACAAUUGGGUAAUUCUGGCUAUCAUACAAUAGGUAAGAAAAAUGGUGGUUUGAGCGUCUUUAUUCACCCUUCUAGUGUUGUAUUUAAAAACUACAAGGAACUUGGUAUGAAACCCAAUAAAUAUGUUUUAUAUCAAUUGCUAAUAUUAACAUCUAAGGAAUAUGUAAGAGAUUGUAUUCCCAUCCCAAAUGAAAAAUGGUUACUCGAAAUGGUACCACAACUUUUUCAAAAACUAUUACAGUCAGAUAACAAAAGGAGAUAG